AUGCCUGGUAUUCUCCAUGGUCGUUCGAUUCCCGUCAUCGCCGCUCUUUGGACGUUCACGCUCGUUCUCCUCGUUCGUGGGACUCGAACUGAAGGAUCUGGGUUCAUCGAUUGGGCGCGGUUGUGGGUGCUGUUCACGCGCAUUAACCCGUACUUCUUCUCUGCCAUGGGCAUCGCCGCCGCGGUCGGACUAAGCGUGGCCGGUGCGGCGUGGGGGAUCUUCAUUACGGGCAGCAGCUUGCUCGGCGCCGCGGUGCACACGCCGCGCAUCACGAGCAAAAACUUGAUCAGUGUCAUUUUUUGUGAAGCAGUCGCAAUUUACGGCGUAAUCAUCGCCAUCAUUCUCAGCACAAAGCUCGAGUACGUUCCCAGCGAUCCCGACACUGGGGCGUUUCACAGAACGACAAUGAUGGCUGGGUACGCCGUAUUCGCGAGUGGGUUGACGUGCGGUUUGGCGAAUUUGGUGUGCGGUAUAUGCGUCGGUGUAGUCGGUAGCUCAUGCGCGCUCGCAGACGCGGCAAACCCCACGUUAUUCGUGAAAAUUUUAGUGAUUGAAAUUUUCGGUAGUGCGCUCGGGUUGUUCGGCGUCAUCGUGGCCAUUAUUCUUAGUUCCAACGCCGUGUUUGAAAAGGUUUGA